AUGGCUAGUCCAUCUGCAACCCCGACACCGUCUCCUUCAACCCCAGAUUCGUUCGACAGCUCUGAUGCGGCCACCACUUCAGAUCUCGCCGUCAAGAUCUCAAACUCGAUUAGCCUUGCCGCCUGCAUUGCCGUCGUCGUCUCCUAUUUCUAUUUCCGACGCAACAAUAGGCGCAUCAUGCAACGUACAUCACUCGUCCUUGCAGUCUCCAUGGCUUCUGCAGAUUUACUGCUUCAUUUUAUCAACAUUUUCGGUUAUGCACCUCUCCCCAAGAGCGUCUGUGGGUUUGUAGGCGGUUUUCUCUACGCAUGGCCGACAUUGGUCUCGCUCUUCUACUCGUUCUCUAUCGCACUCAACACCCAACUCGCAUUUGUAUUUGGCAAGCGGCCCGGCCAAACCAAACUCAAAUACUAUAUUGGCAUCCCCCUGGCUGUCGCAACUUGUAUCACGGUACCAGCAUUGGCAACCGGCCUCUACGGACAAGAUGAUAAUUGGGAUAUGUGCUGGUACAAUACCCAGGGCAAAACUGCACAGCAAGUGCUUAUCCCAUACGUCUUUACGUUUGCUUUUUGGUGCCUCAUCGUCAUCUUCUAUCUGGUCGUCGCUGCAGUGACGAUUAUCGUGGCAGUCUUCUACACGUCCUCCCGUCUGAACCGUCUGGCAGCAAACUUCACACGAUCAAACAACUCUCGUCCGUCGCAUUCUCAGCCCCAGCCCCGGGCCGCGGCAUCCCUCGGGCAACCGCGGUAUCUCCCACAACGUUCUUAUAUACAGUCCGACCUCGCAAUCACAAAACCGGAAAUGGAGAUAGAGCCCGUCCUGCCUGUGUUGUCAAGGUCGAGUGAUACCCACGAUCGGAGUGGCAAUCAAACCCCCUCACGCGCCCUGUCAUCCCGCCCACCACACGUCCAAGAUGUUCUUCCCCUCUCUCGCCGCUCGUUGGCAAUGCGGGCCCUCGCCAUUCGAUUGAUAGGGUACAUCAUCGUACCCGUCUUAUGCAUCUUUCUCCGGCAUAUCCAGCUCCCGGGGGUGAUCAACGACCUUCUCGCGAAGUCUAACCCGACCAUUGUUGCAAGCAUUCCCGAGAGCGUCACCACCUUUUUCGACACACUCAACGGGCUUGUGGGCACAUUCAGCUCUGUACUAUACGCUCUUGACCCCGCACUACUUGCGCUCUAUUCGCAGCUAUGGCACCAACGUCGUCAAAAGGUUUCUGCCAACGCGACAACCGAUCGUGCGAUCGAACUCAACAAUGCGCGUGAACAAAGUGAAAUUUCAGACUACAAAGAUGCCGACGGCCAGCCUCGCGGCAGUGCAGCUGGCGGCAGCAGUAGUGAUACCAGAAUUGCUCACUUCCGAACCGAAGGGCAGCGGUCAAACCUCUUCCCCUUGCAUAUCGGACGGCUGAAGAAGCAGCGCAAAAUCCCCCGCCAGUCAAUGAUGAUGGGUGAUGGAGUCCUCAUUCAAGUUGAAGUGCAGGUGAAUCGCGACGACGACAUUGGCCGACUGGAGAAUUACCUUGAUGGUUUGUAA